AUGAUUCAUGUUUCAUUUUUCUCACCAGACGGCAGCACACUCUCAGGAUUUUCUGUGUACGUAUCUGAAACAGAAGACUGGAGGACAGGAACUCUCUGUCAUCAACAUGACAUACGACAAAUACCACAAAAUAACAUCAAUAUUGACUGUGUCACUUCCGGGCGCUACGUCACUGUUUACAAUACAAGGAAUAGAACGAUAUACCCAAAUGUAUCCGAAUUUUCAUAUAUUAAUAUAUGUGAAAUCGAAGUUAAAGGAUGUGACCUGGGAUUUUUCGGAGAAAAUUGCACGAGAUGUCCUCAGAACUGUUUAAAUAACACAUGCCACUUUCAGAUAGGAGAAUGUUUUGAGUGUAAGGAUGGAUACAGAGGACAGUAUUGUCAAACAGAAUGUGACCAAGGUUUCUAUGGACGACAAUGUAGUAUGACAUGCAGUGAUUCCUGCUUGGGAAGACUUUGUGAUCCUACAACAGGUCGGUGUAAUAGCUGUAUUGAUGGCAGAUCAGGAUUUUUCU